AUGGAACCAGAACCGUCCCCUUUGGCUCUCCUCAAGGCUAUCACAGCCCUCACAGCCACUGUCGGGUCCCUACAGGACCAAAUCCGAGCCCAGAGCCAACAAAUUGUGGAGCUCAGGGCCAUAUGCAAGGAGACCGCAGACCUCCUCGGGGAUAAAGACCAAGGAGCAACCCAAGCCAAGCCUGGCCCAUUGACUGGGCCUGUCACUCCUCCCACCCACUCGGGAGGAGAAGCCCACACUCCAGGCACGGUUAGGCCUGGGCUCAAGGCCCCGUUCCGGCCCUCAAGAGGAACGGGAUUUGAUUCAGAAGAGGACAAAGAGCCAAGGCACCCAAAAAAGGAGCCUCAAGGAACGCCUAGAAGGCACCUUGGGUCCCUUACCCCCUUUGAUGCUGGGUCCAGCGUAAAACGGCCCAAGAUGGAUCUCCCCGACCCUUAUAAGGGAGACACCAGGGGAAGGAAGGCCACACAGUGGCUUGAUCGAAUGCUCCUUUGGGUUGCCCUCCACAGGGAUCAGUUUGACAAGGAGGAACAGAUGGUGGUAUGGAUUUUAUACCACAUGACAGAUAAGGCCGCCGACUGGGCCCUCCCCAUCAUCGGAACCAUCAUCAAGGGCAAGGGUAAUCCUCCAACCACCAUCCAGGCCCUAACGGCCAAAUUCAAGGAAGCUUUCGCCGACCCCAACGCCAAACGGGCCGCCGCUAGGAAGAUUGCCGCGCUCACUCAAACAACCACUACGUCUGAGUACGUUACCAAGUUCCGCAAUCUUAUGGCGGAACUGGAUUGGAACACUGAGGCGUACAUUGCCCAGUUUGUGCGCGGUCUUCACUGGAAAGUGAAGGAACUCCUGUCCACCAAGGACACUAUCCCGGACAACAACCUUGAGGCUAUUUUUGCUGCCUCCAUCAAAAUUGACAAUAUCCGUCGGGAAAACGAGGAGAACCGUCCUAAAAAGGCUCCUACCAAGGCCCUGGUUGCCACAACCACCUCUACCACCAGGGUUCGCUUAUCCGAGGACCCCAACUACGUUACCCCGGAGGAAAGAGAUCGCCGCCGUGCGUCUGGCCUUUGCGUCAAGUGCGGUCAAAAAGGGCAUGGCAUCAAACAAUGUCCCAACGGUUGGAAGGCAACGAUCAAGGAAGUUGCCAAGGUAGCAGAGGACGAGUCGGGAAAAGAGAGCCACAUCGAACUUCAUCUCCCCUCGGUUGUGGAAAAAUAUAAAAUUCCAAAAACCCAACUCGAAAAUCCACAAGUUGUGAGAAUGUUAGAUGGUACUAUUUCCCAGACUGGUCGCAUAUGGCACCAGGUACAACUCUUGGUUUCGGCCAAUGGCCAUCCCCACUCAAUCCCCUUUCUAGUUUGCCCCAUUGGGAACACCCCCGCCAUACUUGGCAUGACAUGGCUCACUCAGGAGUCACCCCUCAUUGACUGGACCCUAGGCACCGUUACCUUUCCCGAGCAUGCACAAAUUGCCUCGGAAGAAGAGGCUGACUCGGACCCUCUAGCAGAUCUCCCUUCUCAGUACCAUGAGUUUGCUAAAGUAUUUGGCGAGGAGGAAUUCAAGGUCUUACCUCCCCACAGAGAAUAUGACAUCGCAAUAGACCUUGUUCCUGACGCCAAAUUGACCCCAGGUCCUAUAUAUGGAAUGACCGAUGCAGAAUCUAAAGCCUUAAAACAGCAUAUCGACGAAGAGUUAGCAACAGGCAAAAUCCGCCCAAGCACCUUGUCGGCCGGAGCCCCAGUCAUGUUUGUUAAGAAAGCGGACGGCUCCCUUAGGCUGGUAGUGGACUAUAGAAAGCUAAACGACGUCACCCACAAAAACGUGUACCCCCUCCCUAGGCAGGACGAUCUUAUGGCCAAGCUCAGGCACGCAAAGCUAUUCACAAAGCUAGACCUACGAUGGGGUUACAAUAAUGUCAGGAUCAAGGAAGGUGACGAGUGGAAGACAGCUUUUAGAACCAAAUAUGGGCUGUUUGAAUACUUAGUCAUGCCAUUUGGACUCACCAACGCCCCAGCCGCAUUUCAACACUUUAUGAACGACCUGUUCAGGGACCUGAUUGACGUCACGGUGGUAAUUUACCUGGACAAUAUCCUCAUCUUCUCAGAAAACCCAGAAGAUCACCCAGCCCACGUCAAAGAAGUAUUGUCACAACUUAUGAAGAACCAACUCUUCUGCAAAUUGUCGAAAUGUCAUUUCCACGUCACUACAGUUGAUUAUCUUGGCAUUGUCAUUUCCCCCUCAGGCUUCUCCAUGGAUCAAAAGAAGGUAGAGGCAGUUACAUCUUGGCCUCAACCCAGAACGGUCAAACAGGUCCAGGCAUUCUUAGGCUUUGUUAACUACCUCCGACGGUUUAUCCCCAACUUCAGCUCUGUUGCGCGCCCCCUGCAUAACCUCACCAAAAAGGAAACCCCCUGGUCAUGGGGAAACCCAGAGGAAGCAGCCUUCCAGGAGCUAAAAACCCUUGUCACCCGGUCACCCGUCCUCAUCCAUUCCAACCCUGACCUACCCUACUAUCUAGAGACAGACGCAUCAGGGGUAGCUAUGGGAGCCAUACUGAGUCAACGAGGGGAGGAUAACCGACUUCAUCCAAUUGCCUAUAUGUCCAAGUCCUUCUCAGGCGCCGAAGCAAACUAUGACACGCACGACAAGGAACUGUUAGCUAUCAUCAAGGCACUAGAGGAAUGGCGAAUCUUCUUAGAAGCAACGGACAGACCGGUACAAGUCUUCACGGAUCAUAGGAACCUGGAAUAUUGGAUGCAGGCACGAACAUUCAACCGCAGACAUGCUAGAUGGCGCGUAUUCCUAAGCGAUUUCAACUUUGAAAUACAUUAUUGCCCAGGAAAACAAUCAGGAAAGCCUGACGCCUUAUCCAGGAGGUCAGACUACACGGACACGCCCCAGGAGCCGGAGAUUAUGUUACCAGCCGAGGUAUUUGCCAAUACAUCAGAAGAGGAACUCGAGAUUGUCACAGAAGUCCGGAACAAACUAAGGGAGGACCCAUCCCUAGAACCUAUCAUCCAAUUCCUGACAGAAGAUGCUGACAACGCGCCUCCCUCUAUCCGGAAAGCCUACCGGGAUUAUGACUGGGAAGAAGACCUCCUAUGGUACCAAGGGAAACUAGUAGUUCCAGAUUCAGAACCCCUGAAGGAGCGGUUGCUAAAAGAAUUCCAUGACUCCCCACUGGCAGGACACCCGGGCCAACAGAGAACCCUGGAACUUCUAAGUCGUAACUACUGGUGGCCGGGCAUGAAAUCAUCUGCCAAAGAAUGGGUGGAAUGUUGUCCCACAUGUCAGGCUAACCGCCAAGCCCACGCCCCGGUCAUUGCCCUCAAGCCACUGGAAGUUCCGCCUUACCCGUUCCACACCAUCUCCUAUGACUUCAUCACAGGAUUCCCCAAGUCAAAUGGUCACGAUGCAAUCCUGGUAGUCAUUGACUCCUUUUCAAAGUUUGGUCACUUUAUCCCAACUACCAAGAAGGUUACAUCAAAAGGAUUAGCGGAAUUGUUCAUUGGGCAUGUGUGGAAACUCCAUGGAUUACCAAUCAAGACAAUAUCAGACAGGGGGACUACGUUCACAGGGAAGUUCCUAAGGGCACUCUAUCAACGCCUUGGAAUAAAACCAUCCUUCUCAUCAGCCUACCACCCGGAGUCAGAUGGACAGACAGAGAGGGUAAACCAGUUCAUCGAGUUCUACCUGAGGUUGUACGUUGCGGCAGACCACUCGGACUGGGCCUCCUGGCUACCAUUAGCGGAAUACGCGUACAACAACGCAAAACACUCCGCUACUGGGAAAACCCCCUUUGAAUUGGUAUACGGACAAAGCCCUGUCAUGAAUCCAUCUAACAUCCCAGCAAACGUACCAGAAGCCGACCAUGUGGCAGAUACCCUUGCACAGGAAUGGAAAGAGGCAGAGGCAGCUCUAAGAAUGAGUAAGGAAAAAAUGGCCGGAAACAAAGGGACAAUACCGGAAUACUCAGUGGGAGACAAAGUCUGGUUAGAUGGAAAAAACGUGGAGCUUAGAACAAAUUCCAACAAACUGGAUCCCAGACGACUAGGUCCAUUCGAGAUCACGGAAAAAAUCUCCAGUCAUGCGUACCGCCUGAAGCUCCCAGAAACCCUGAGAAUCCACAACGUAUUCUACGUAGGAUUGCUGUCGAAGGCGCACGAAUCUCCAAGCCAACCAUUCCCUGAAAGACCCCCUCCUGAAACAAUAGAAGGGGAAGAGGAGUACAAAGUUGAACAGAUCAUUGACUCUAAACGCCAACAAGGGAAAUGGUUCUACUUGAUCAAAUGGAAGGGGUACGGACCGGAAGAUAACUCAUGGGAGCCAGAAGAACUGUUGGAACACAGCCAAGAAGAGAUCAAGCGAUUCAACCAAGCUAGACUCAGAAAGGCUCGUGACGCCGCCAAGAGCCUUUAA